UACGCGCUCGAAUGCAACCGUCGGCUUGAUUUGUGUUUACCUUUUUUACUUUCCAAACAAAUUGUAGGAACGUUUACCCCAAACUACUCGCAAAAGUGUUCAAAAAUGCUUAAAUCACCAUUAGGUGCAGCAAUAUGCGCAUUAGCUGGUGUGUUUGUUUUUCCAUUCCCAGUCCCAGCAUGGUCACCAUGGUAACUUGAGGCUGACAACACACCGACCAUCGCAGGGUCAGCUCCAUCCCAACCCUCGGCCAGUGCGGACAAAUCAAUAAUGGCGUUCCGGGAUGUACGAGAUCUGGCGGAGCAGCUGAAGCUUCUCGGCUACCCGAACAGCAUACCGAUCUCCGUGCUCAGCACACCGUACGGUGGGCCGGAAAGCUUCAAAGCGUACUCGGACGUGCUGCAGUGGCUGAUCAACCGGCUCGAGCCGAACCUGGUGCUGGCGGGCGGUACCCGCACCGAGCAGGAGCGCAUCCAGUUCGUCCGGUCGGCGACCGAGUUCCUCGUGACGCGGUCCAGCAUCAAGGUGAACCCGCGCAAGCUGUACGCGAGCUCGGUGGCAGCGGCCAAGGAGUUGCUGAAGGUGACGGCCCUGCUGCUCUCCUCGCCCAAAGUGACCGGGCAGGAGGAGGAGCUGAUCAAGUCGCACGUCGAGAUCGACCUGUCGGACAAGCUUGACGAUCUGAAGAAAGUGCGCGGCCUGUCGUCCGAGCUGACGAACCGCGGGGCCGCCCUGUACGAUCUGCUGCAGAAGGAGCUGCUCAACCGGGAGGUGCGGAACGUGCAGUCGACCCGCUCGCUCGAGCUCGGUGCCACGGAGAAGAUCAUCAAGGGUGCGAUCGGGUCGCUGCAGUCCCGGCUCGCCAGCGCCCGGGCCGCGCUCGACGGGCUGCGGGCGGACAACGCGAACCUCGCGGCCAAGAGCGCGCGCAAAGCGUCUGAGCUGGAGCGGUCGCGCCAGCGGCUCCAGGCGCUGCAGAAGGUGCGGCCGGCCUACCUGGAGGAGUUUGAGAAGCUCGAGCAGGAGCUGAAGGCCCUGUACGAGCAGUACAUCGUGCGGAUCCGGUGCGUCGAUGCGCUGCGGUCGCAGCUGAUCAGCAAGAAUCGGACGCCCACGCCGACGUCGCCGGUCGCGCGGAUCGCCGACAGCAGCAUGACGAUCUUGCCCGAGGGGCUGAUCGAGUCGGAGGAUGAGAACGAGGAGGAGGACGACUUUGACGAGCGGGACGACGUGAAGUUGCGGACGGAUCGGCGCGUGCUGCGCAGUGAGCUGCUGAACCGGGAUCACCGCGGGUCGACCCGGUUCCGGUCGCGCAUCGAGGGCGCCUCGCCGAGCGGCAAGGAGCGGUCGAAGAUGAUCGGCAGCAUCGAGGACGAGCUGGGACCGCUGGACAGCUCGAUGAGCUCGGAGGAGUCGGAAAGCGAGCUUGAGAUGGGCGGCAAUCGGUUGAUCGAUGGCAGCCUCCGCACCGAUGACGACGAGGACGAAAGCUUGGCUAAAAUGCCCCGCGAAAGCUCCACCAUCAACCGGAGCGCAAAGGUGGACCUGAGCGAUGAGGAUUUUUAGAGUUUUUUUUUUUUUUAAGGAAUGGCUUUCCCGUUUCGGACACUCACAACCAGUGCUGCAAAAUGUCACUGUCAUGAAAAAAAAAUCUGACAAAAUCCAUGUCAGCGUCACGUGCUCAAUUGUGAUAAUCAGAGGAAAUACU